AUGAGUGUUUCUGCCACUGAGUCAGACAACUCUGCAGAGCGCCCCCUGGUCUUCUUCCGCCCCCCCGACCUCCUGAACAGCACGACCUUGUUGCUAAGCGACGACGGCUCCACGCUAUUCGUCGGGGCUCGAGACGCGGUGUUCUCAUUGGACGUCAGCCAGAGUGAUGUCAUCAGCCUGAAGAGAAAGGUGGAGUGGCGUCCGUCUCAGAGUGAAAUCACAGAGUGUCAGAAUAAAGGGAAGGACGCUGAGGACGAUGUGGGGGGGCAGCGGACUCUCCAGAAUAAGUGGACGUCCUUCGCUAAAGCGCCGCUGCUCUGCCAGGUUCCCAGACAGCUUCCCUUCAACGUCCUGCAGCACGUCUUCACCCUCCCACCACCGGAGGGCGACAGCUCCUCAGAGACGCUGUUCUACGGCGUCUUCACCUCGCAGUGGUCUUCGGGGGCAGAGUCAGCGGUUUGCGUCUUUAAGCUGCAGGACGUCCAGGCGGUGUUUAAUGGAAGCUACCGGACCUUCGACACACAAACACACCUGUGGAACUCCCUGCUGGGAAAACACUCACAUCUGGGACAGUGUGGGCUGGACAGCGCUACAGAUUCUGAAUUAUCUCAAGUGAAGAAGAGUUUCCUGACGAGCGGCAGCGUGAAGUCGGACGACGCUCCGCUCGUUUCUUCAGAUCAGCGGUACAGUCGCGUGGCAGGGGGGCCGGUUAUUACAUGAGAGGGGCACAAUAAGAGCGGGUUAAAAGAGUAUAAAGUAAUUUUCCUCGUUGAGUCCGGGUUCCUCCACAAAGUGCUUUUGCUGGCUGGAGGAUCUCGGGUGAUUGAGGAGAUUCAGGUCUUCACUCAGCCUCAGAUCGUCAAAAGCAUCGUCCUCUCCUCCUCAAAGGGGAUGCUGUAUGUGGGGACGUCUGAGGGGGUGACGGGGGUCCCGGUGUCUCGCUGCUCUGUCCACAGCAGCUGCAGUCAAUGUGUUCUGGCCCGAGACCCUCAGUGUGGCUGGAGCCGGACCGGAAGCGUCUGCACAGCGCCGGACGCCAACCAUCCACACAUGGCUCAGGACCUGGAGGACGGAAACGUGAAAGUACAAUGUCAAGGAGAAACUAAGGCCAUCCGGGACACAGAGGUCUUUGCUGCUGUGAACGAGGUGGUGAUUCUUCCCUGUGUGAAGCCGUCUCAGCCGUCCUCUCUGACCUGGACGUCCUCUUGCUUCACAAACCUCCCGCAGAGUCACUUCCUGCGAUCAGCUGACGGCGCGUUGAGCUUCAUCGCCACCGCCCACACCUUCGGGAAGUAUCGCUGCGAGGCGAGGGAGGCCGGGGUCAGCGAGGUCGUCGCCAGCUUUAACGUCGGGCGGGUUUUGUCUCCGCGAGCUUUCAGCCCCGUCCAGAAGAACGAGGAAGACCAGGUGACGAAGAACGAGGAAGACCAGGUGACGAAGAACGAGGAAGACCAGGUGACGAAGAACGAGGAAGACCAGGUGACGAAGAACGAGGAAGACCAGGUGACGAAGAACGAGGAAGACGAGCCGUUCGAGGACAUCUUCCCCGAGGACCCGUUCACACUGAAUCCUGAAGAGCCUCACACCCCCUGGUAAACCCCCCCACAAUACAGACUGAUGUUCUUCAUUAGGAUCUAGCACACACACAGGCAAGCAUACAUGAAACUAAACAUAUCUAAUGCAUCCGGUGCUGCCAUCAGACAGCUCAUUAAUGAGUCAUGAUGCUGUUUAUACAACAUAUCGUUUAAAUGAAAACCCAGAUCUUGGUUAACCUUU